AGCAUAGACCUCGAUUAAAAUCCCUAAUAUAUAUUUAUGUAUAUAUGUUAUAUAUUUAAUAUAAAUACAAUAAAGUAGGGUCACCUCAAAGUCAGGGAGUAUUCUUUGAUGUUCGUCAAACAUUGAUCGCUUCGUUUUCAUUGAGUUUUAUUGUCAUUGCUUUUAAUAUUUAUUUAAUAUGAGUUUAGUUGGAUGUUCCCAUUUACAAGUGUACAAGAAAAAUCAAAAAAACAAGGAUUCGUUCAAAUGGAUCCAUGCAGUUUUCGUAGUUGGAACAACAAAUAAGUGUAGAAAAACUAGGAUUUGUAAUGCAUAUUGCCGUGUGUGCAAAAAACGUGGUCCUUACCUCCAUGCAUGUCUAGAAUGUGUCUUUUUUGGUUGCCAAAAACAUAUAAGAGAACAUGCCAGAAGUCAAAAGCACACACUUACUAUGGAUUUGAUAUAUGGACAGAUUCAUUGCAAUUCAUGUGGUGACUAUGUGUAUGACAGCGAUAUGGAAACUUUAAUGAGAGAAAAUAAGAUGCAGUCAGGAACAUUCAGGAAAAGAUUAUUUGAGUCAUCUGCUUGGGAUCCCACUCAAGAAGAAAGAACAUACUUGAGUAAUAAAACUAAGAAAAUUUGUAUCAGUCCUGAAUCUACCAUUGGCCUUCGUGGAUUGAUUAACCUUGGUUCAACUUGCUUUAUGAAUUGCAUUGUUCAAGUUUUAAUGCACACACCAUUGCUAAGGGACUAUUUUUUGACAGAAUGUCAUAAAUGUAAAGGUAAACCUGGGACUUGUUCAGUAUGUGAAAUUUCCGAACUAUUUCAAGAGUUUUAUAGAGGUGCAACUGUUCCCUUAGCUUUAGAUCAAUUACUUUGUUUAAUUUGGACUCAUGCUAAGCACUUGGCUAAUUAUAAACAGCAAGAUGCUCAUGAGUUUUUCAUUGCAACUUUAGAUGUUUUACACCAUCAUUGUUAUGAAUCUAUGCCCCAUCCUAAAACAAAAACUAACAAUAAUAAAUGUCCAUGUAUAAUUGACCAAAUAUUUACUGGUGGUUUGAGGAAAGAUGUAGUUUGUCAAAAAUGUAAUAGUGUUUCAACUACUGUAGAUCCUAUUUCUAUUAUUUCUUUAGAUGUUAGACCAAUAACAUAUGAUGGUGAGCAACCUACACUCAUAGAUUGCCUUGAACAUUACACAAUGGUGGAAUACUUAGUUGGCAAUAAUAAAACAAUGUGUUCAAAAUGUCAGUCUUUACAAGAAUCUACAAUACAGUACACAAUUAAAACAUUACCAAUAGUAGCAAGUUUUCAAUUGAAACGUUUCGAAUACUCCAAGAAAAUGGAAAAAAUUACUACAUCUAUCACAUUUCCAGAGAUGUUGGACAUGACCCCUUUCAUUGGCGGUUCUAAAAAAGAAUCUCCAUUCCCUUCAGACAAUAGAUACACAUUAUUUGCCGUCAUUAACCAUCUAGGAAAUUCAAUGAAUGAGGGGCAUUACAUAGCAUAUGUAAGGCAACAACAGGACUUUUGGUAUAAGUGUGACGAUCAUGUUAUUACACGAGCCAAUUUACAAGAAGUUCUUAGUUCCGAAGGCUAUUUGCUUUUUUAUCAUAAGCAUGUCUUAAGCUAUGACUAAAUGCUCUUAUUCAUAUCGAAUUUUUUAGAUUGGUAUAUUUAAUUUAAUAUUAAUAUGUUCAAUUUUCCCCAUCUUCAACAGUAUUUUUUUAUAUAUUUUAGAGGCACAAAAUUCAAUUCGCAGUGGUUUUUGGGGAAGUUCUGUUGUACAUAGUUUGUAUAUAUAAUCUACAAUGAAUCACUGAUAGAAAAAUUCAAGAGGAAUUGAAUUUGUUAAUCGAUUUUAUUCUGUAUGUUUUGUCCUGAUAAAAUUGACAACUGUUUUAAUUUUCAUUAUUGUAUACAAAAAAUUUUACAUUUACCGGAUAUAUUAUUCUAAUUUCAUUUAUCAAAAAUUUGUAUUUAUAUUUUAAUUAUUUUUUUUGUCUCUUGUGAUCUUAGUGUUUUUACUGAUUUUACAUGAUUUUUUUUUUCAUCAAUUAUGAACUGAAAAUAAUAAUAAUAAUGAGAAAUCUAUAAUGCUCAAAGAUCAAAAGAAAUCGUUAUCAGGAAUUGUUAUAGUGAAAAUGUAAUGUUUUGGUGUGGCAUUAGUUUUAUUAAGGAAGAAAAUAUUUCUUUGAUGCUCUAGUAACGAAGUGUGAAACACUUCAAAAAUGUAACAUUUAUAAUGCUAACUCUCUAAUUAUUAAGAGAGUCUAGUUUGAAUUUAUACAUUUAACUUUAAUUCUACAGACUGAUUAUAUGUAUGUACGUUUUAUGUAACUGCCAUCUUGUUCCUUUGGUACCGUAUGACAAAUAUUUCUGUUCUAUUUAAAUGUAUUAGUCCUGGUUUUCUAUGCUUACAUAUACAUUUACCUCUAUAUUAUCUUGUAUAUGUAAAUUAAAUUGUCGCAUCAUAAAGGGAACUUCUCCAGUCUAUGAUAUAUAUAUUAUCAAACGGUUCCUUAUUAUUUGAUGUCGACAAUUUUAUUGAUAGUAUAAUAAACACUUCAUUAAGGUAUAAUGUUGAAAAAAAAAUUAUAAAGUUAUAAAUUUGAGAUUUUUCACUAUUGAACAUAUAUAAAACUUAUGUUACACUAGUGACUUAAAAUUCAAUGUGUGAUUUUAAUGUUGAGGAUAAUUUGAUUAAAUACCAUAAUUAUGAGUAACUUUGGAGAUAAUAUCAAUAUUUAACUUGAAAAUUAUUUCCUGUUCAUGAUAUGUUGACAUCUAGUUCUUAAAAGUGAGAUAUGUUAACAUUUUUUUUUUGAAUAGUAUGUUGUAUCUCGCAACAUUUUUAUAUUGACAUUAUCCCACUGAUUCCUCAUAUUUUUUUAUGAAAUGUGUUCCUUUUUGGUUGAUUGAGGAAUAUUUGUUAAUUCAGAGUAUCAAUUGGUUUUAUAUUUAUUGAAAGAAAAAUUUUUUAUCCUUAUAAUUUUCAUAAUGAAAAAUAUUCGCAAUUGAAUUAAUACAUAAAUCAUAAUUAUGCUUUGAAAAACGAGUAUUUAGAUAAAUAUUUCUCAAAGAACUGAAUUGUUCAACUGAAAUACUUAUGGCUGUAAACAUUUUAUUUUUUGUGUUUGUAUGUUUUGCGAAAUAUUCCAGUAUGAUUGUUAAGAAAAACAUACAGUGAUACCUUAUAUAUUUACAAGAAAUUAAUUUAUGUACCAACAAGUUUUAUUUAUGAGAAAAAAAAUAGUGA